AUGCACGAGCUCAAUCGAGCUCGUGCUGAGGUUGGUGUUCCUCCAUUAAUUUGGAACGUCAGCCUUGAAGCAUAUGCCAGAAAUAAUGCAAAUAAACGGGUCUCGGACUGCAAGUUGGUGUAUUUCCAUGGGCCUUAUGGGGAGUGCAUUGCUAAAUCAUAUGGUGGGGGUAACAGCGCAGACGCUGUUAGGUUGUGGAUCGCCGAGAGAGUUUUCUACAACCAUGAAUCAAAUAAUUGCAGUAGUGAGUGUCGGUCCUACACCCAGGUGGUUUGGCGAAACACCAAAUAUCUUGGGUGUGCCACGGCCCAGUGCUACAAUGGUUGGACCUUUGUCACUUGCAGUUUUGAUCCCCCCGGAAAUCAGAAGGGCCAGAGUCCCUACUAG